AUCUAUUAUAUACUAUAUAAACAAUGUAUUUAUGGUAAACAGACCGGCGUGUUUCAAAGAUUAAGAAAAGUACGGAAUAAAGUUACCAUGUUGUGUCCUGAAGUAUUGAAUUUCAAACCACCUCGACAUCAUGUGCAUUUUGAAAGAAUAGAUUGUAAUAGAACAGAUUCUCCUGCAACAAUUAUGAAGCAUUAUUAUAAUCACGUAGUAUCCUUAAUAUUUCCGCAGUCGAAUAAUAUUCCGGAUAGUGUCAUAAAUUGUAUUUCAGAUGAUAGUGAUUAUUAUCGAAUUAAAGACCUUCAUGUUUCUGAAUUGUUGAACAAACAAUUUAUUGAUGCAUUUAUUAAAAAAGGAGAAUUAACACUUCUAACGAUUGGAAAUAAAAUAGAUUUAUGUAAUACUAUGGCUGUUACUCCAACUGGUGUUUUGAUAAUUUCAUUGGUACGCGAUGAUUUUCAAAAACUUGGAUUAGAAGGAAAUGCUUCUUAUUUCGAUUAUAAGACAAAUACAAGAAAUGUUGUGACAAUUAAUUUAACGGCUGAACAUUUCAUACCUGGUAAGAAAAAUUAUGAACGUGUUAAAACAGCAUUGGAGAAUCAUCUUAACCUAAUUUUUGAUGUAAUAUUAAUAUGGGAGCCACCAGAUGAAAAGAUGUGUCCAUCUUCAGUUGCUGCAUGGUUCCAUGAACGUGGAUAUACUGUUUCACUUUGCCGUCAAAAGCUUUCAUAUAAAACUGAAUAUCGUGUUAAUAUACCUAUUCUUACUGAUGCGUUUAAUAAUACUACCUUUUUUGAAUGGCUUGGAUUUUUUAGUAUUUCUGGAGAAAUAAAAAAUGAAAAUACAUCAAAUUAUGUAAGUACAUAUGAAUGUCCAAAGCCAAAUAUAUUAGUAGAUCAAGUAAAAUAUCUACAAUAUACAGGAUUUUUUUCUAAUCGAAGAAUAAUGCAAAUAUUUAAUGCUAUAAGAGAAUAUUUAUUAACAGAAAAUAAUUUACCAUGGUGCAGUUUUCAUGUGCAAGGAUUUUCAGAUAGUCCUGUUAGUUGGGAUUUGAAAGAACAUACAUUUUUUACAGAUGGUGACAAUAGUUAUACCAUUUUAUUUUUUCCUAAGGCCAAAUGUAUUAUAAGAAAAAGUUUAAGUUCUAACAAUAAAUCAAGAACUUCCUUAUAG